AUGUCUGUAACGUUGCAUACAACCCAUGGCGAGCUCAAGAUCGAGAUUUUCUGCGAGGCUGUCCCGAAAGCGGCAGAGAACUUCCUCGCGCUGUGCGCUUCGAAUUACUAUGAUAAUUGCAUAUUUCACCGCAACAUCAGAGGAUUCAUGGUCCAAACGGGUGAUCCCUCUGGCUCGGGAAAAGGCGGUCAAAGCAUAUGGGGGAAACCCUUCGAAGACGAGUUACGCUCCACGUUAAAGGUACCGAUCUUUGCCCAAGCCGGUGAUCUUCGCCCAUUUUAUCUUCAGUUUAAUAAUCGCGGGAUGGUUGCCAUGGCAAACUCCGGCUCCGAUACGAACAAGUCACAAUUCUUCAUGACCUAUGCAAAACAGCCUCAUCUCGACAACAAGUAUACGAUAUUUGGCAAGGUUAUUGAUGGCGCUGAUUCCACACUUGAUGCUAUGGAACGUGUUCCUGUGAACAAUAAGAACAGGCCACUCUCCGAGAUCAAACUGACUCAUGUGACCGUUCAUGCGAACCCUAUUGCAGACGCCCAGUUAGUUUCACGUUGA